AAGACUGCAUGUCCCGCGAUGCUCUCGGCCGGGCGGUGGCGGAGAUUGAACCGGAAGACGCUUUCUGCGUCUGAGGAGCGGAGUGACUGGUAUUGAACAGCCAAAAGUCCAAUAUGAAACUGUAUUGCCUGUCAGGGCACCCAACCUUACCAUGCAAUGUGCUCAAAUUCAAAUCAACCACCAUUAUGCUGGACUGUGGACUGGACAUGACUUCCACCCUCAACUUCCUUCCUUUGCCACUUGUUCAAAGUCCCAGGCUGUCUAAUCUUCCUGGCUGGUCCCUGAAGGAUGGAAAUGCUUUCUUGGACAAGGAGCUAAAGGAGUGCUCAGGUCAUGUAUUUGUGGAUUCUGUGCCUGAAUUCUGCCUACCAGAGACCGAGCUAAUAGAUCUGUCUACGGUAGAUGUGAUCCUCAUCUCUAACUAUCACUGCAUGAUGGCUCUGCCCUACAUCACUGAGCACACGGGGUUCACAGGCACGGUCUAUGCCACAGAGCCCUCCGUUCAGAUCGGCAGGCUUCUCAUGGAAGAGUUGGUGAACUUCAUUGAACGCGUGCCCAAGGCUCAGUCUGCCUCCUUGUGGAAGAACAAGGAUAUUCAGCGGCUGCUGCCUUCUCCUCUCAAGGAUGCAGUAGAAGUAUCAACCUGGAGAAGAUGCUAUACAAUGCAAGAGGUGAACUCUGCCCUUAGUAAAAUCCAGCUGGUGGGAUAUUCUCAGAAAAUUGAACUUUUUGGUGCAGUCCAGGUGACUCCUUUAAGCUCUGGCUAUGCCCUUGGAAGCUCCAACUGGAUUAUCCAAUCCCAUUAUGAGAAAGUGUCUUAUGUCUCUGGAUCCUCCUUGCUUACCACACACCCCCAGCCCAUGGACCAAGCUUCUCUCAAAAACAGCGAUGUUCUCAUUCUGACAGGCCUUACCCAGAUUCCCACCGCAAACCCAGACAGCAUGGUGGGAGAGUUCUGCAGCAACCUGUCACAGACAGUCCGGAACGGAGGAAACGUGUUGGUCCCCUGCUACCCUUCUGGAGUGAUCUAUGACCUUCUGGAAUGCCUGUAUCAGUACAUUGACUCUGCCGGCCUCUCCAGCAUUCCUUUCUACUUCAUCUCCCCAGUGGCUAACAGUUCACUCGAGUUUUCCCAGAUUUUUGCCGAGUGGCUUUGUCACAACAAACAGACUAAGGUGUAUCUCCCAGAACCGCCUUUUCCUCAUGCAGAGCUCAUUCAGACCAACAAGCUGAAGCACUACCCCAGCAUCCAUGGAGACUUCAGCAACGACUUCAGACAGCCGUGUGUGGUUUUCACUGGACACCCUUCCCUCCGAUUUGGGGACGUGGUCCAUUUCAUGGAGCUCUGGGGAAAAUCUAGUCUCAACACGGUCAUAUUCACAGAUGUUGGCUCUGAUGUGACGGUGGGUACAGUAUUACAGAGACACAGAAGAGACACAUGGCUAUACUCCAAACGUCCCUCCAGCCAGCUAAGAAGAAAGCAAGGGCUUCGUGAUUGCCCAUGGCAUUCAUUACCAGACAUUCAUCUGGAACCCGACUUCUCAUACCUGGAAGCACUGGCUCCCUACCAGCCCUUGGCCAUGAAAUGCAUAUACUGCCCCAUUGAUACGAGACUGAAUUUCAUCCAAGUGUCAAAGCUGCUCAAAGAAGUGCAGCCCCUCCACGUGGUCUGUCCUGAGCAGUACACCCAGCCGCCCCCAGCGCAGUCCCACCGGAUAGACCUGAUGAUUGACUGCCAGCCACCCGCCAUGUCCUAUCGGCGCGCCGAGGUCCUCGCCCUGCCCUUCAAGCGUCGGUAUGAGAAGAUAGAAAUCAUGCCAGAGCUUGCGGACUCACUGGUACCCAUGGAGAUCAAGCCUGGCGUUUCCUUGGCAACCGUCUCGGCCGUGCUGCACACUAAAGAUAACAAGCACAUUCUCCAGCCCCCGCCCAGGCCUGCCCAGCCCACAGGCGGCAAGAAGAGAAAGCGGGCCAGUGACGACAUUCCAGACUGCAAGGUUUUGAAGCCUCUGCUGAGCGGCUCCAUCCCCGUGGAGCAGUUCGUGCAGACACUGGAGAAGCAUGGCUUCAGUGAUAUUAAGGUGGAAGACACAGCCAAGGGCCAUAUCGUCCUGCUACAGGAAGCUGAGACACUCAUCCAGAUCGAGGAAGAUUCGACCCAUAUCAUCUGUGACAAUGACGAGAUGCUCAGGGUACGGCUGCGGGACCUUGUCCUCAAAUUCCUACAGAAGUUCUGAGUGGAACACGAAAGCCAUCUCCACUUCCCUGAGACCCUGCUGCAGGCCUUCACUGUGGCUGCCCAGCACCCAGCGGAGGAAGGCCAUGCAGCCUGGCAGGUCUCUGUGGUGGUGGUCUCUGGCUUGAGCAACAUUCUCAGGAGUUACGGCCAGAAUCUCCCGGUCUGGCUUCUUGGCAGUGUUUCAGGCAAGAGCUUUUCCUUUAACCUUCAGCCUCGUCUUCUUCCCAGUCCUGCCUCUCUCAGGUAGCCAGGCAGGUGAGGCAACAAGCCGAGGAGAAGGCUGAGAGCUACAGCAUCUUUCCAGGAGGUUAAUAGUGGACGGAGAGGUAAAAGAUGAGGACUUGUGACUGUUUUUCAUGGUUUCACAGGCCUUGGGCAGGGGAACUAGUCUUUGAGUUUGUUUUAUUGUCUACAGUGCUGUACCUGAUAAGAAAGAUGGUCCCCCAAAAUUAGCAAAAUGAACCCAUCUGUCUGUAUUUUACAAUGUGAGCUCAUUUUGUUAAUAAAACUUAUUUUUUAUAGAA